UUUACAAAAAGAUCAAUAAAACAAUAAAGUUUAUUGCAUUUCUUUGCAAAAGUUACGCGAAUUUCUGUCGAUGAAAUCAUAUAAUGCUCUCUCUCGAUUUUUUUUUUGGUGAGAGCAAGCAUAAGUGCAUUGAAAUGAGACCAAGCAAUAUUUGACGUUUCCCCAUUGAGAUAGAAAUAAAUGGAAUACUUUGAAGCGGUAAACUUGUGGUGGAGGGGCAAGGAAAGCAGGCAAUAAUAUAAAAAACAACACAGACGAAUGUAAUUUUUUCGCUCUCGAACAUGCUAGAACAUCUAGAUGCGAAUACGAAAAAUCCUCUAGAAUUUUGUUAAUUUGCCACUCGCAUAACAAAUCGUCGAUAUAGUGACAAAACCCAACAACAGCAACAAAAACCCAGAAAUCGACAAAUAAAUAACGUCACAGUACAACAACCAAACAACAAUGGGAAAAGAUUUCUAUAAAAUUCUUGGCAUCAAUAAAGGUGCUUCGGAUGACGAAAUCAAGAAGGCCUAUCGCAAAUUGGCAUUGAAAUACCAUCCGGAUAAGAACAAGUCUCCACAGGCGGAGGAAAGAUUCAAGGAAAUCGCCGAGGCAUAUGAAGUGUUGUCGGACAAAAAGAAACGUGAUAUUUAUGAUCAGUAUGGUGAGGAGGGCUUGAAGGGUGGAGUACCCGGAGCUGGAGGCAUGGAUGGCGGCAAUCCUUACCACUAUCAUGGCGAUCCCAGGGCUACAUUUGCCCAGUUCUUUGGCAAUGCAGAUCCAUUUGGCAUCUUCUUUGGUUCGGGCGAUCCGUCGCGCAUCUUUGAGUCGCAGACAAUGUUUAUGGGCGAUGAUGAUAUGUACAUGGGCGGCGGACCAGGAGGUGGUGCCUUCCGUUCACAAUCCUUCAAUGCCCAGCCAAAUCGUAAACGCACCCAACAAGAUCCACCCAUUGAACGUGAUUUGUUUGUCUCCUUGGAGGAAAUUGACAGGGGCUGUGUAAAGAAAAUGAAAAUAUCCCGUAUGUCCAUGUCGUCCGGCCAGCCACGCAAGGAAGAGAAAGUGUUGAACAUCAGUGUCAAGCCCGGCUGGAAGGCUGGUACAAAAAUCACCUUCCCCCAGGAGGGUGACCAAACACCCGGCAGAAUACCAGCCGACAUUGUAUUCAUAAUCCGUGACAAGCCACAUCCAGUGUUUAAGCGAGAAGGCAGUGAUCUGCGCUACACAGCCCAGGUUAGCUUGAAACAGGCGCUCUGCGGCACAACCGUCUCCGUACCCACAUUACAAGGUGAUCGCAUUACAGUCAGUUCCCAAGGUGAAAUUAUCAAACCCACCACAGUGAAGCGGUUAAGCGGUCGGGGGUUACCAUUCCCCAAGGAACCAUCACGACGCGGUGAUUUGCUAGUCUCAUACGAUAUCAAAUUCCCCGAUAGCCUGCAGUCGGGCACAAAGGAACUGCUAAGUGAGAUAUUACCAAAUUAAAAGUGAUGAAGUCACCUGGCAGCAGCCUAGAGCUAAGGGAACUUUUGUAAAAGCUGGAAAACUAGAAUAUUAAUAAUUUAUAGGGUCUAAAUAUAGCCGCGCCUUUCCCUCACACGAAAACACAACAAACACAUUCAAAUGCCAAGUGCGGGGCAUAAACGAUGGCGCGACCAUGAUCACAACUAUGGCCUUAUGCCUCUGAAUAGAGUGGCAAGAAGUCAGUUGUGGAUGAAGAAUAUUGUCGUCGCGUCCGUGUCAUCGAUCAUCAAAUCACAUCAUUCAAAAUCCCCAUGUACAUUAUAUAUAUUAAUUAAUUAAUUGAUACACACCAGGCGUAUACAUUAAUCUAAAUUUAGUUGAAAUCUUUAUUUUGUUUUUAGUUUGUAAGCUAUGUCAAGAAAUGUUUUUAUUUAAUUCUUAACAAAAAAAAAACCAACCUCCUGGAACCCCAUAAGAAAAAGGACCUUUGUUAUGAAAAGGCCUUUACACUCUCCUACAAAAUUCAAAAAACGUAUCGAUUCCAAAAAACUGUUCUUUGCAACAAGUGUAUUGCUUUAGUUUAACCACACACCAACACACAUAUAAUGAUGUACUAUAUAUUAUUUAAAUUAGCCUUUAAGAUUUAAGUUAAUGCAUAAAAGAAACAAAAAAAAAAACAAACAAGCCAAGAAAAGAUAGCAAAAGCAAGCAAACAGUCGUCGUUAUUUACGCAUGAAAGUGUAUUGAAGAAUAUCAAAACUAUUUGUUGUAAGCCAUUUAGCAAUUUUUUUUAAGUCUUGUAGUCAGCUGGAUUAACUACAGAAAAAUUGCAUUAAAAAUGUAGCUAAAAAAUUUGCUAAAUGGCGGCACUUCUAGGAGAAAGCAUGUCGUAAGAAAAAAUAAAUGUUGUAAAUCAUAAAAAUUCCAGAGACUGAUUUGAAAAGAAAAUAUAGAUGAAAAGAAAAAUGAAAUGGAAUAAUAAAAAGAAAAAACAAAUACUGUUAAUAUUGAAAAUUUAUGCCAUAAA